AGAUUUUUGUUGGAAAAGAAAUUGAAAUCACAGUGCCAAGAUGAAAAUCAAAGAGCUACAAAAAACCGUGAACAUUGCCUGGUCACCAUUGCCACAGAAUCCAAUUUAUUUGGCAGCCGGAACUGCAGCUCAACAAUUUGACUCGAAUGCAAAUUCUACAUUGGAGAUUUAUUCAACGAAUUUUGGUGAUCCCAGUUAUGAUUUGGAAUUGAAGGCAUCAGCACCCAGUCAAUAUAGAUUCCAGAAAAUUAUUUGGAGCCCAACAGGUUUUGGAGCUGCACACAACAAUGGACUAAUUGUGGGUGGCUGUGAGGGUGGUCAUGUUAUGAUAUAUUCCCCUGCCAAAAUGCUGGCCAAUGAAGAUGGUUUAAUUGCCCGUCAAGAUAAACAUACCGGUCCGGUGAGUGGUUUGGAUUUCAAUCCAUUCCAAAAUAACCUACUGGCAUCGUGUGCAUCCGAAUCGGAGAUAUUUAUAUGGGAUCUUAAUAACACGUCAACACACAUGAACCCUGGCACCAAAACUCAACCUUUUGAGGAUGUAAAAAAUGUGGCCUGGAAUCGUCAAGUGCAACAUAUUUUAGCUUCGGUAUUCAGUUCGCGUUGUGUUAUUUGGGAUUUACGUAAAAGUGAACAAAUCAUUAAACUUUCCGAUACACAAUCCCGGGUACGUUGGCAUGCUAUACAAUGGCACCCCGAGGCUGCCACACAGGUGUGGUUGGCAUCGGAGGAUGAUCAGGCGCCGGUGGUCCAAUUGUGGGAUUUACGUUAUGCCACAGCACCGGCCAAAACAAUGCAAAUACAUCAACGUGGUGUCUUGGGUAUGUCUUGGUGUCCACGAGAUAUUGAUUUGAUGGUAUCAUGUGGUAAAGAUAAUCGCAUUUAUUGCUGGAAUCCAAAUACUCAGUCACCGGAAGGUGAAAUUCUAUCGGAGGUGGCAACAACAGCCACAUGGUAUUCCGAUGUACAAUGGUGUCCACGCAACCCGGCGCUUAUAUCCAGUUCCAGUUUAGAUGGCAAUGUAUCGAUUUAUUCACUUUUUGGUGGGGUACAACAGCAGGUCCAGACAUCGAAUAAAAUUGCUGACUCAUUUCCGGGUAUGGAUCAAUUUGCCCAAGCUCCUAUUCCACAACAGGCGGCGCCCAUUAUAUAUCAGGAUUUGAAAUAUGCCCCGAAAUGGAUUAAAAAGCCAUGUGGUGUGACAUUUGGGUUUGGUGGCAAAUUGGUCUCCUUUAAUAACAAAACGAAAACUAUUAACAUUUCCCAAGUAACCACUGAACCUGUGCUCGUCGAAAGAGCCCAGGCUUUAGAAAAAUCCCUGGAAGAGGCCAAUUUUGUGGAUUAUUGUCGCAAGAAAGCCGAUGAAAUGCCAGAUCAAAAUGGCCGUUAUCUAUGGUAUUUUAUUAAGGCAAAUUUUGAACGUAAUCCCAAAGAAGAAAUUUUAAAUUUAUUGGGUUUCAACAAAGAAGACAUUGAUGGCAAAUUCUCCAAAUAUUUACCCGAAGAAGAAGAUGUGAAUCAACAAAAUCAAGAUAUAGAUCAAUUGAAUAAUCGUAUGGCCCAAUUGACACAUAGUGAUUCAACGGAUGUUGAAUGUGAUCAAAGUACAGAUGGCAGCACAAAUAGUUAUAUGCAACAACUUGACAAUAAUGCCAUAUUUGAUGGAAUUGCUGCAUCGCAAAAAGAUGCUGCUACUAGCGAAGAAGUGUCCAAGAAACCACAAUUUAAAAUACCCAGUGGAGAACAUGCCGAUAGCCUCAUUACCGAAGCUCUACUCACCGGCAAUCUCGAAGCUGCCGUUCAAUUAUGUUUGAAUUCCAAACGUAUACCUGAAGCAUUUAUUAUCGCCUCAACGGCGGGCAUUGAAUUUCUAACGAAAACACAAAAUCGUUACUUACAAGAACAACAAAGUGAACUGUCCAAUGUAAUAUCGGCAUUAGUGACACGCGAUUGGAUGGAUUUUGUAACACGUUGUACCAUCGAUUCAUGGAAGGAAGCAUUGGUGGCUGCCCUGCGACACAGCGAACGUAAAUUGGUUGAUAUUUGUGAAAAGUUAGGCGAUCGCCUGUUGAAUGAAAGCUCCGCCAAUCCGGAAUAUCUACGCAAUGCAAUGCUAUGUUAUAUUUGUGCUGGUAACAUUGAUAAGCUGGUCAAUGCCUGGUAUAAAUUGAAACAAUUGGAAAAUCAAAAUGCCAAUUAUAAAUUAAGUACCUCGGAACUGCAAGAGUUGGCUGAAGUGGUAAUGUUAAUGAAUAAAUCCCUGGAGGAACAGGGCAUUGCUGUGGAAUUGAAUAGCAAGGUGGCCGACUUCAUUAAGGAAUAUGGUGGUUUAUUGGUGGCUCAGGGUGCCUUCACUGCCGCCUUGACAUACAUUAUGGAGAUUAAGGCCUCUGCCACUCAUCCGGAUUUGGAUGAUUUGAAGCAGCGCAUUGUCAAUAUUGUUCAACCCCAGGCAAAACAAAUGCAACACAUGCAACAACACCAAUAUGGUAUUGGUCAACAAAAUCUUCUCCAACAAAGCCAACAACAACCGAGAGGUUCUUUCUCUCAUGCUUCCAAUCAAAAUUUGAAUUAUUUGGGCACGAAUACAACAAAUCAAUAUGCUCCCCCUGCCGCUAAUACAUGGAAUUCAAAUCCUGUUGGUAGUCCAAUGGCUCCCGGAGUAUAUAAUCCAGCGGCAGCACCUCCACCCGUUGCUCCAGUACCCACAUUAUUUAAUCCCGGUACGGCAGUUCCAACACCUGUUAAACCACCAACUAAUGACAAUUCACCCCAGCCACCACGUCCAUUGAGUACUUCAAGUUCUCAAGGUGGUACAACAAGUGGUGGAGGGUUAAUAUCGAGAGCUAAAUAUGUACUCGAUCCAUCUGUGGCUCCAGCCGGACCCGUUGGAGGUUAUGGUAAUACAUAUCAACCACCAGCACCAGUUCUUCAACCAGCUGUGGCCGCGCCAAUGCAAGCACCCACAUCAUUUAAUACAACACCAUUUAAUGCUGCAGCUCCGGCGCCACAGAUAAUGCAGCCAACAUUCAAUUCGGCACCAUUCAGUAAUAAUGCAUAUAUGCCGGGUGCUGGUGGACCCAUGGAUUCGGCCAGUGCUGCCGUACCACCACCACCAAUGCAAAAUAUUCAACGUAAUCCAACACCACCACCCGGUUGGAAUGAUCCACCAGCAUUGAAAUCAUCAAGACCGCCCAAGAAGCCUGAGGCGGCACCCUCAGCCCCAGCACCCAUAACACAUCCGCUGUUCGGUGUUGAUCCCAAUCAAAAUCAAAAUGGUUAUAUGGAUCCCAAUGCUCAGUAUCAACAGGGAGGUAUGCCACCACCAAACCAACAACCCAUGAAUGUCUUGAAUCCAGCCCAGCCACCACAAAUGGGUUCAUAUUAUAAUCCAGCAACAGCUAUGCAAAAUAAUAAUAUGCCACCCCAGCAGCAAAAUAUGAAUUUCCAAACAUCGGCUAUACCCCAACAACAACAGCAGCAGCAACCUCAACAGAUGCCACAAUGGCAAACUCAGCCAACACAGGGUAUGGUAGGAGGUGUUGGUUACAAUGAUCAGUUACAGCAACAACAACAGCAGCCACCACAACGUCAACCAGAGCCACCCAAACAAAAGCCACCACUACCAGAGGAAUAUAUUUAUCUACAAACGGUAUUGGAGGAAUUGAAAACCAACUGCUUAAAUGCUACCAAUGAUCCGCGCACCAAACGUAAAUUUGUUGAUGUUACCAAACGUUUGGAAAAUCUAUACGAUUGCCUAAGAGAUAAUAGGCUCCAUUCCGCCACCAUUGAUGCUUUAAAUCAAAUCAUACAAUUCAUACAAAUCGGUGACUACGGCAAUGCCUUGCAAGUACAUACUCAAAUUGCUUUCGGCUCGGACUUCUCCCAGUGUGCCGGUUUUAUGCCCGGCCUAAAGGUGCUAAUACAAUCUGCGUCCGAUUUACAAGUGUAUCUACGAUAAGAGAAAACUACGAAACG